UCCACGAGGAUUAUCAAUUUCUGGGUCGAUUAGAGGGGUCUCUGCAAUCCCAAACUUUACAUUCACUGAAGAAUUACAGUAAUGCAGUGCAUACCGACGGUCCAUUUCGUAUUGCGCGCUCCUCCUGGCUGCAGCCGAUAUUGAGCGGUUAUCAUGCAACUGUUUGGCAAUCCAAAAUCCGCCGAUCCCACAGGCUGGCAGCAGGAAGAGCCCGGCACCCCAAAACUCCACCCAACCACUGCGAAUUGCAUGUGGAAGUUUCCAAAUUGUUUAGCGAAGCGUUAAGGUGGCAUAGUUUCCGACAAGAUAUACAUAAUACCACGUACCACAUGACCCGAGGUAGUGAACAGUAAAGCCAACCAAGACGGCGGCUCCGAGCAAAAACAGAGCUCCAACAACAACAGCGCCAAUAACAAGAUUCGAGCGGGUUCCAUCUGGGAUGGCCAUAUGCAGUAACUUAAUUCGAAGCGAAUCUCGUUGCAAUACAACCAAAAAGGAUGCCAAAAUUUCAAAAUGAGUUUGAAGUGCGUAAAAACGAAGAGGACAACGAUAAAGCCGUUCGAUGUCGUCAUUGCCGGUGAUCUGGGCGGUGAAACGGUCAUUCAGGUUGAUUUGGUCACCUCGAAAUUCGGCAAUAAUCAACGCAGUCGAGUGGAGGAGUUGAAGCAGCAGGACUCGUGGGGAAGAAUUCUGACGCUGGACACCUACUGGCAUCGCAAGUUGAUGUCUGCACAGAACACCUUAUUUUGCCGGGAAUUGUUUGCCUUGAUGAGCGCAGAAGGUGUUAGUGGACUGGAUGACAUGAUUGAACCCAUAGUACUCUCCGAUGAAAUCCAUUACUCGAAUUUAUUUGGUUUCUCCCUGCGGUUGAAAUUGCUCCAUGUUGCCGAGGCCGAUACAAAAUUCCGGAGCAUCCCGGUGGUUCGGGAUAUGCAAAAGACUCCUUUAUUGACUGAAUCCAAAAUUCUUGAACAUUCGCUUGCUCAGAUGCUUCUCAACCGCAUGCGCGAUUUCGCUAAUCCUGAUCUACCGGUGCCUGCGUGUGGGCCGGUGGGACUGAAGAUAUUUAGGAGGAAAAUGGCGAUUCAGGCCAAAGAUCGCCGGGUAUGGAAACAAGGACUUGGCAGCCGCACAUUAACAGCAGAAUUGGUAUCUAGAUCAACGGCAUUGAUCCUCCACAGACGGUGUUUAAAAGCAGCAGAAUCCCUAAGUUGUCUGGAUAUUCAGCUUUCGGUGCAUGACUGCUGCUUUACAACAUCGUGGAGAAAUAUUACAAUCAAGAUCUCAUUAACGACGCCGGGUUUUGAUAUGUACAACAGAUCAAAUUGUUCCUUCAACGUAUCCAAUGGAAAAGUCACUUUUCUGACGAAAGAUUUUGUGACGCCCGCGAAUUGCGAGGUUGAACUGGAUUGCCGGUUAUUGUACAUGAAGGUUGUACGACAACACGCUGUAGUCCUUCAGUAUCUUUUGAAGAGCAAUCGUUUCGAAGUUGUCCACUAUGCUCCAGUGGCUCUUUACUACAAUGCAGACGAGAAUGUGAAAUCGGAAUCAUUUCGCGCCGGUCUUCGCUAUGCAAUCGCUUUGACUGAAAAUCAUCUGACAAUCGAUGGUUACUGAAUAUCGUCUGCAGUGUGACCUUUGUAUGCCGCGUAUACCUUGCUGAUUUGUCCGUUAAACAUGUCUGCACUACUGUGAUAAGAGACGGAACAUUUAUGGAAUCGGGACAAGAGUGUUCGGAGAUCAGUUUGAACAAAAUCGUGGGUGGUCCGACCAGGAUUAGGCGUGUCGCUUUGCUUCUGGGUGCCCUUGCUGGUUGGCCUAAAGACCAUAGUUUCCCUAAAUCAACGACGGCCCUGUCAAGCGGACAGUCAGAUAUCCCUCGACGGAAGGAUUCUGGCUGAACGAAAUGGAGUGCUGCAUAAACCGAACGUAAAUGCUUACCGCUGAAUGAAAGUCGUAUAAAUCUCUUUUAUAAUCUGGUGAUUGCUUUGUUUGUUCUCGCUUGUUUUAUUCCAGAUGUUUAUGAUAAUUUUGGAAUUGUAUGUCAAGCGUUGUACAAAACAGUGAAA